GGGGGUGGAGCUCCGCCGUGCUCGGGGGACUGGCCGCGCGCGGCAGGGUGGGGGGCUUCGCCGCCUGCAUGGAGCCGGGGCGGACGCGAGGAGGGGGCUGUCGCGGCGUGCGGGACACCCACCCACAUGGCCUCGCCUCGCCUUCCUCGGCCGGCUGGGCUGCGCUCUCCUGCCGCGAUUCUAGAGUGUAAACCACAUAAGGACAUAAACUAUCAUCUCAAACGGCUGUGUGCCAAUCAAACGAGUCCUGGAGGAGAUUUUGCAAGGGUUUACCAUGUGACUAAGGGUACUCACUGCAUGUCAGAUGGUCUCUCCAAGCCAACAGUGAUGGAGUCAAUUGAUGAAGCUGAUGGACAGCAAAGUGGGAAGGAACAAUCCCAGAAAGCCUUACCAAGAACUCUGCAGCAUGGCUGGGCUGCCUGGUGGAACGGAUUAACAACAGGAGGCGGUGUAUAUUUGUUCGCCCUCUUGCAGAUAUUGCUUUUCUGCAUGAUGUUAUGGUACAGCGGUUUCGGGACAAUCCCAACAGCUCAGAAUGCCUUUGACCUGCUGUCCUACUUGCUAACACCAUUUGAACAGUUUAUCUCAGAUCCAGGAGAGGAUCUGACCAGAGUUGGAAGCAUUGCGAUGUUAUAUUUCCUGCUGUCCUUAGUUUCGCUAGGAUUGUUACUCAUAGGAACUCUGAUUUGGUAUCUUGUGAAAACCCAUUCGGAUCCCCCCUUUCCCCUACCAGAGGACAGGCGUCAGUCUGUGAGCCGCCAGCCUUCAUUCACGUACUCGGAGUGGACAGAGGAUAAAAAUGAGGAUGAUUUUCUAGAUUUGGAUCCAGUGCCAGAGACACCAGUCUUUGACUGCGUGAUGGAUAUUAAAGCAGAGACGGAUCCAGCGACUCUGACAGUUAAAUCAGUGGGAUUGCAAGAAAGGAGAGGUUCAAAUGUUUCACUCACGCUGGACAUGUGUACCCCAGGCUGUUCCGAGCAAGUCUUCGGCUAUGUCAUGUCACCAAGAGAACAAUCAGCCCGAGAGUACCUACAAACGGCAUCAAAUAUUCUUACUGCAGAGGAGCUACACAAGAAAGCAUUAGAUCCUUUCAUACUCCAGACAGAGUUUUUUGAAAUCCCAAUGAACUUUGUUGAUCCAAAGGAAUAUGAUAUUCCAGGAUUAGUGCGGAAGAAUCGCUACAAAACAAUUCUCCCAAAUCCUCACAGCAGAGUGUGCCUUACCUCAACUGAUCAGGACGAUCCUCUUAGCUCGUAUAUCAAUGCUAACUACAUCCGGGGCUAUGGAGAAGAGGAAAAGGUAUAUAUUGCUACUCAGGGACCCAUAGUAAAUACUGUCAGUGAUUUCUGGAGAAUGGUGUGGCAGGAGCAUUCUCCCAUCAUUGUCAUGAUUACCAAUAUAGAAGAGAUGAAUGAGAAAUGUACAGAGUACUGGCCAGAGGAACAGGUCACCUAUGAAGGAAUAGAAAUCACAGUUGACCAGGUCAUACAAGCAGAUGAUUACCGAUUAAGACUCAUCACCCUGAAGAAAAGUGGUGAAGUAAGAAACCUGCGACAUUACUGGUAUACAUCCUGGCCAGACCAAAAGACACCAGAUCAAGCACCAGCCCUCUUGCAACUGGUGCAGGAUGUGGAAGAGGCCAUGCAAUGUGCAGAAGAAAAGAAUGCCCCAGUCAUUGUCCACUGCAGUGCAGGGAUUGGGAGGACUGGCUGCUUUAUUGCCACCAGCAUUUGUUGUAAACAGUUGAAGUACGAGGGGAUAACUGACAUACUGAGAACAACCUGCCAGUUACGGCUAGACAGGGGAGGAAUGAUCCAGACUUGUGAACAAUAUCAGUUUGUCCACCAUGUCAUGAGCUUGUAUGAAAAACAGCUCUCUAGAGCAGCAGAAGAAUAAGCUUUCAUGAUAUUCCUAGUGAUUAAAACCAAGAGAACUCUUGACGGAAGUCAGCUAUAUUUUAGAUCUGAUAAGAGACGCAUGGUAACUUGGCAGUCUUUGUUGAAUAUAUAUAUAUAUAUUUGUUUUACUUUGAUAUUGCAUUCUUUUUGCUCUUGUUUGCAUCAACUUUCAAGAGCUGAGAUACUGCUUGUCUUAAACAUGUGGCAGAACAUAAUCACCAAAAAAAUGGCUUAUUUAUACUGUAAAUAAGAAUAGUAGCUUCAUUUGUUACAAAAUCAAAAAUAAAUUCACUAGCUGUCUUGAGUUUGCUAUUUUUAAAAAAUGAUUUAAUUGCUAAUAGAUCCAAAUACAGUGUGGAACUCUUUGAAACUGUCAUGCUGAAAUAUGUAUGGUAUGUUGACUAAGCUUGAAAUUAACUUUUUGCCUUUUUCUGAUUGUUUUUACAUUUUAAACUACCGAAUACUGUGUAUAUCAUAAACCUUCUGAGCCUCUGCAUUAAAUGAUUCAAGUUGAUUCAUAUUGAAAUCAUGUUUCACACCUCAUGUUUGCUUGUGAAAAAAGAAAAAUUCCACAAAAUGUAGCAGAACCAAGGGAGGGGAGAAAAAACAAUUCAUUGACAUGAGGCGAUUGCCACUUCUUUAUCUCCAAUAUACCAUGGAAUCAAGAAAAGAAUGGAAAAGUAUGGUGACCAUUAGAGAUGAGUCUGAAUCAAACCCUGAACUCAAGCAUUCCCCCAAUCUUUAUGAGCAUUAUGAAAUCUUAACUUGGAUCCAGAUCUGAAUUUGGCAAAUAGCUACUCUCUUUAUGAGCCAGACCAAAAUCCAUGAUACAAUUUCCCAUGAAAUUUGGGGUGUUUUAACACAGAUUCUGAAUGUUGUGACUUGAGCUCUUCUCUAAUGAAUACAUAGUAAAGGAGAUCACGUGUGCACUGUGAAGUUAGGUUGAGAUUUUCAAAAGGCCUGGUCUGCACCAGGAAGUUAGGCUGAUAUAACUACGUUGCUCAGGGGUGUGAAAAUUCCACACCCCUGAGUGACGCAGUUAAAUCAACCUAAACCUGACUAUAGACAACAGUAGGUGAGUGGGAGAAUUCUCCCAUGAACUUAGCUACCGCCUCUCAGAGGUGGAGUACCUGUGCCAAUGGGAGAAGUUCUCCCUCUUCACUGAAGAGUUACAGCUGUAACGCUGCAGUGUUUUAAGUAUAGACAAGCCCUGAGAGAAUGUCUACGCUGCAGUUAGGUGUGUGAUUGCAGCACAUUCGGAUGUGUUAGAUCAAAGAUAGCUCGAGUAACAAUAUCAGCGAAGCAGCAGCAAUCACCUCCUGGUUGCAGUGUAAACAUACCUUAAUUGAUCUGAGUGCCCAGUUCUCAUUACAAUUAAUGGGAACAGGGCAUCCAAAUCCCAUAGGAAGUUUUGAAAAACCUCAGCUUUAAUAUGUUGGCCAGUGUUUAGAGAUUUGCCUUUGAAAAUAAAUUCAGACUGUCACUGUCUCUGGUUCCUAAAACCCCUGAUCCGUGCUGCAGUGGUUCCCUUUAGGCAAUAGAGACUCUGCUGCUCUUGGCUGUGUUCUAGGCCCCAGUUCAGCAAAGGACUCCAAGCAUGCACAUCGUUACAUACAUGCUUGAGCACUUUACUGAAUAUGGAUGGACUUGAGUAUGUGAAUUAAGUGCUUUGCUGAACUGGGGUCCUAGUGAACAAUUAAAGAUAUCCGCAACUUUUUUGAAAGAACAAAAAACAUUUCUAGGAAGUACUGAAAAUUCUGAGAAUUUAUGGCACUUGUUGAUCAAGAAGGGAUCAAAAACAGCAUUCAGAACAAUAAGGGCUUGCAUCUGCUCCCAUUGAUGUUCUGCACAGGAUCGGGCCUGAAGCUGCGCAUAUAUACAACUUACUGUGUCACUGUGGGGAAAGCUUUCCCAAAAGUUCAAGACAUGUCUUCUGUUGGCUCAGUACCUGUGUUUAUCUUGUAUCCGUGCCUCUGUAAAAAUCCUGUCAGCAGAGUUUGCAUGAAUGUGGCAAAAUGUGUUAUCUUUAAACCCCUUGAUUUUAUUGCUGUAUUUAAAAUAUUUCCUUCAGUGAUACGCUGACCGAGUGAACUGGCGUUCUUUUUUAAAAAACUGUUGGUAGUCAUUAAAUAGAGCAAUAAACUUAAGCAUUUUGAGCA